AAUUUUCAUCGUUGAACUCGUUAGGCCGUUACUUAUUACCGUUGCCUAUAGAUGUGUUUUCAUUUGCUAGAUUAUUCGAGGGACAAAUACAAUUAUCACUGACUUUUAGUACAUAAAACACUGGAAGUAAACACAAUUAUUAUUUAACUUUGUUUUUCUCUGAUGAAAUAAAUAGACCAGAUGCUUCUUUAUUGAAGACAGAUACACAAUUUCAAUAUGAAUUGUCCAUUUCUUGCAUAAAGACAUAUGUAAAGUUUAUUCCUUCGGAAGUUCAAACCUUAAAAUCACGAAGGUGUACAUUAUUCUUGAUAAAUGUGAACAACAAAUUUUAAGAGUUCGAGUUAUCGGUAAUAAUGAAAGUAACUGUGUGCUUUGAUGAUGUUAAAGUUGUUGUCCCAUGUGGAAACGGAAGCAUUCUGAUUCGAGAGCUAGCUGAAAUGGCUCUUUUAAGGUUCCAGAAAUCCACUUCCUCUUUGCUUCAUACAAAAUGUUGCAUAGAUCAAAAUGUCACAUUGUGUACAGGGAGUCAAACAAAGUCACCAGAAAAACGAAAGCAAGAAAACUAUAAUCUAGAUCAACAACAACACAGACAAAUAAUACCGAAAGAAUUAGAUCAGUCAGACAAUGAUUCUCAUCUAAAAACAGAUAAUCAAAAAAAUGUAUCAUGGAAACUGAAUAUUGAUAGUGAUUAUGAAGUAGAUUCGUUAGCGUUAGCUCGUGAUGGUGGUAUACUGGAUUGGGAUGAUCGUGUUGUUGAUGUGUUAGAUGAUCGUGAACUGUUAGUUGUUAAUUUUCGCAAGAAAACUUCAUUAGCCUCAUCAUCAAUUGCACCAAUAACAGUAACAAUACAAAAAGAAUUACAAGAAUCAAGUUAUAAUCAUCAAAAAAAUUUACAAAAUGAUUUUUCUCUUAGUAACAUUAAUGAUUCUUCAUUAACUACAAUUGGUUUAAAUCAAGUCAAAUUUAAUUAUCCUUUUGGUAAUGAUAAAUUCGAAAGGAAUCAAAUGAAUAAACACAUUACAACAACACCUGUUUGCUGUUCUUUAUAUAAUCAAACUUCAGUAAACAUAUCAUCGUCGACUUUAUUAUCAUCAUCAUUGUCAUCAUCUUUAACUUCUUGUUCACCCUCAAUGACUGGUAGAAUUAUAUGCGAUACAGGCGUAACAUACGUUCAGUUACCAUAUUCACAACGUGAGGAAAAACAACCAUUUCCAAUACUUUCUUCAAUAUCAUCAAUAGAAACAUCAUUACCAUCAUAUUCACAGCCACCUAAACCUCCACAUCGUCAUCCUAUAUUGUCUGCAUUAUCAGAAAGAAUAUGUUUAGAAGGAGAAUCUUGUGAUUGUUUUUUACUAAGAAAAAAUGAUAUGAGCAAUAAACAAGCAAUGUUGACUAAAGAUAAUGAAUUUAGAAUCAAUCAAACAAAUCAAGAUCAAAAUAUUCCGCCUACAGUUCAUUGUCCACAUAGUGCACAUCCUGUUACAACGCUAAUUGGUGGAUUAGAAUAUGAAUUAUAUAGUACAAAAACGCCAGCUGCAUUUAGACCACCUACAAAUACAUCAUCUAUCAUUACUAAACCAACAUUUAAUACUAAACAAACAUCUGUAUCUAUAACAUCUCCAUUGAUUCAUCGAUUGAAUAAACCUACUCCUGUUGAUCCUCCACUUCAUCAUCAUCAUCAUCAUCAUCAUCAUCAACAUCAUCAUCAUGAUACUUCUUUAUUAAAAACAUCACUUUCAUUACCUCCAUUAGCUCAACCAUGUAAUGUAAAUGCAAUAGAAAACAUGAAUCGAUCCUUGGUUACAAAUCAUUUACAACAAAUGAAUUUAUCAAAAUUGAAAACGAUAACAGAUAAUAAUGAUGUUCAUGAUGAAAAUUCCAAUGCAAAUAACAUUAAUUUAAAGCAAAAUAAAUAUCAAUUUUAUGAACAGAUUCAUGAUAAUCAAUAUGAACGGAAUGUAACUAUUUAUCAUGAUACUCCUCCGAAUGUUCCAAACCUACUUGGAAGUUAUUCACCUCAAUCACUUGUAGAUCGGAAUGAAUAUGUGAAUAUCCCACAGUCAAAAUUAAAUAAUGAUCAAUUAUCCUUGACAACAAAUGCAUUUCCUACUUAUAUGAUACUUCCAUCAUCCGUUUCAUCAUUAAAUGAUUAUUUAAUAUCCAUUCCUAAUUCAUUAUCAUCAACUAUAUUGAAUAAAACCGAUAUUAGUAUUAUAAAUAAUGUUAAUAAUGAUGAUUUAUUAAUGGAUACAUCAUUUUUAUCAACAGUACCUGAAGAAGAUUUGGAUAUAGGUGAUAUAACUAGUUCGAAUAAAACAACACCACAACAAAGUCCUUGUAAAAAACUUUAUUCAAUGAGACAAAUCAAUAAUAAUUUGUUAGAAUCAAUUCAGAAUAAUAAUAAUAAUAAUAGUAAUUCUGAAGAUCUUCAUGAUAUUGUCCAUCAUAGUUCACCAAAGUCUUUAUCACCAGUCACUAUAUUACACACUGCACAAUCACUUCAUAAUAAAGAAACUGAAUUGUACAGUAAUUCAUCUAGUCAAAUAUGCUCUGAUGAAAAUGUUGAAUUACAAUCAUUAUCACCAUCAUCAUCGUCAUCACCACCACCAGUGUUAUCAAAAUUGCCUCAAAAUUCUCCAUCUCAGUCACAAGAAAUUUCAGAUAGUUAUUGUGCUCGUCCUAAUAGAAAACAAAAACGUUAUCGAAAUUCCAGAGCACCAGCACCCCCUACACCAACAACAAUAAGCACAACUGUAACAAAUUCACCUUCUACUAUAUCAAUACCUCUUAGUACGUCAAUGAAUCAAUCAGUGAUAGAACCACCACCUCCACCUCGUCGAUCAAUCCAAAAGAAUCCUGAUACACCACAUACUAGUGAUUCAGAUACAGACGACAAAGAUUAUAAGAAUUUAAUGAAAUCUCGACAAAUUCACCAAGUUUCAGAUAAAUCACCAUCAAGUCUUAAUUCCAUGAAUAAAGAAGAAGAAGAAGAACAAUUAAAAGAUGAUAAUUCAAAUUGUGCUUCUAGAUUAAAUCAUCCAUGUCAACAUACAAGACCACAGCAUACAAUCAUAAAUAAUGAUAAAUUACAUCCAAAUCAUUUGAAUCAAUUAAUUACAUCCAUAGAAACAACCAUAGCUACUAUGAAUUUUGAACAGAAUCCAAAUAUCAAUUGUAUAUGCUCAUUAUGUAAUGAUAUCAAACAGAAUAAUCAAUUCAAUCGAUCAGAUUUGAAUAAAUCAAUCAUACGUAAACCAACUCCACCGAAACGAUCACCUAAAACUAUUUUAACCAGCCUUAAUACAUCUCCUAAAUCAGAACAACGUGAAAAUCAUAAAGUCCCAAUGAAUUCAGUUCAAAGUUCUAAUCAGUUAGCAAAUAUUAUGGAUCCUACAAACUGUGAAUCCAGAGUAAUCUGUGACCAUAAAAUUGAUGACGACUGUAACAAUGAAGAUUCCAAGGAACAAACACACCCUACUAUGACUACUACCAGAAAUGGUAGUCAUAGUAGUCAUGAAGGAAGUGAACAUAAUGAGGAGAAGCAAUAUCCUAUGUAUGAUAACAAUAAUAAUAGUAAUAAUAAAAAACAAUCCGAUUUAAUUAUACCAGAUAACAUUGGUCAAGAUAAUGAGGUGAUCAAGUGUUGUGUAUGCAAUUCAUUGCAUGAAAUAGAUGCUGAAGCUGAAAUUCUUCAUAUGACUGAAUUAUUAUCGAAACGUCGUGAAUCUGAAGCUAGACGUCAAUUAUUAUUAGCUGAGAUGGAGGCUGGAAUAGAACGAGAUGAUCGUUUAAGAGUCGCUGCAAAUGCUAUGGCAUUGGCGGUGUCGCCAAUGACAAGUGAUAUUACAUGUAAUAUGGAUAAAUCGGAAUUAUGUAAUGUAUCAAAUUGUAUACACUAUAAUUAUUGUUUACGUCAUCAUCAUCAUCAUGAUCAUCAACAACAAAUUCAUUCUAAUAAUGUUUGCAAUGUACAACAACAUAUUGCACUAAAUCCACCACAUUUACAUUCUAUAGAUCACAGAAAUAUAGAUAAUGAAUUGAUACCGCCGAUAACAUGUUGUUGUACAUCGGAUUGUAUCAGAGAAGAAGAUAUAUUGAUUACAUUACGGAAAUCUUCAUGUGGUUUAGGAUUUAGUUUAACCACAAAACUUAUUCAUCCUAAAUCAACAUUGAAUUCAUCAAUGAAUGAAUCGUUAUUUGCUGUAUAUGUGAAAAAUAUUUUACCUGAUGGUUCAGCUAUAAAAGAUGGACAAUUACGUGUUGGUGAUCGAUUGAUACAAAUUGAUAAUUUAGAUGUAAUUGGUAAAUCACAAGCACAAAUUGUAGCUAUAUUACGAAUUAAACCAGUUGGUAGUAUUGUUCAUUUAUUAGUACGUCGUCAAGUGCAUCAAUGUCAAUUAAAUACAAAUAAUUGUUUAACAUGUCAUUUCUUAUUAAAUUCAACCUAUCAAUGUCCAAAUUUAUUAAAUACACCAAUGAAUCAAAUAACAAAUCAUUUAACUUGUGAGAAAUUAUCUAAUUGGGUUGAUACACGUAAAUGUUCAUCACCACCAUUACAAAUGACAUUAUAUUAUGAUGGAUUAACUAAUUUAGAACGUGUUUAUCAUCCAAAUUAUCCACUUUAUCCAGAUGUGAUACUACUUCGUUUACAUAUUCCACUUAUUCCUAUCAAUGAAGAGAAUGUAGAUCAUCUUAAAAAUUCUAAAAAUUGUUUAGAUACUACUACUAAUACUACUACUACUGAUAAUAAUAAUAAUAGUAAUAGUAAUAACCCAUUAACUACAACAAGUUUACGUCAAAUGCGUCUUGGUGUUAGUGUACGUGAAUCUAAUUCAUCAAGAGCAAGUAAAUUAAAUGAAUUAUCACAGAAUACAAUUAAAUUAAAAACAAAUAUAAAUAAAAAUAAUGAUAAAAUAAAUCCCAUCAAUUCAUUAACUGAUACAUCAUAUAUUGCUGAUUCUAUAUAUGGUGGUGUCAUAGUGAAAUGUGUCAUAGAAGGUGGAGCUGCACAUAAAGAUGGUCGACUUCAAAUCGGUGAUGAAUUGUUGGAGAUUAAUGGAGUUGUUUUGGUUAAUGCAAACAAUCCAUUAAGUUUAUUACGUUCUGUUCUAAGGAAAUUAUCUAAUACAACUGUAAAUGACAAUAAAAAUUGUGAUGAUGAUGAUAAUAAUAUGACUACAACUUCAACAAGUGUAACAAAUAGAACAACCACGACAAUAACAACAUCAACAAAUGCUUAUAGUUCUAUUGCUACUACUGAUACUACUACUAUUACCACUAGUACUACAAGUAAUAUUAAUUCUAUAACAGCUUCACCUACUAAGAAAAAUGAUCAGAAUACAACUUCUAAGUCUACCUUCGAUAAAGAAGAUUCAAUGGAAAUGUUAGAUACAAUUCAACCAAAAGUGGUAGAUUUAUUGAUAGCUCGAUUAACAAGGCAUCGAAGAUCUGCAUCUGGACACACUCUAGCAUCGAACUCCGAGUUUAGUUCAGAAACUUCGACGUCAAGCACUGUGCUAACUGCUACACCAAAGUUUUUACCACCUGUCAAUAAUAAGACUAGUCCUGAAUCAUCAUGUAUUAGUCAAGAACAAUCCAUAGAUCAUCAUCAUGGUAGUCAUCAACAUCACCAACAUCGCCAUCACCAUCAUCAUCGGCAUCAUCGUCAUUUGUCUCAACCACAACAAAAAUGUUACUGUUCAAAUCCUUUAACAACUUCAUCUUCAUUGUCAUCAUCACCUUCAUCACUUACAACAAAUCCUACUGAGAGUGAAACACAUGUUACUACAAUCAAUGCUAAUGACAUACAAAACAUGAAUAAUAACGCUAAAAAUAACGAAACACCGAAAAUUAAAGCAGAAAUACAUUCAGUCAAAGUGGAACAGGAAGAUAAUGCUACUGAUGAUGAUAUUAUCAUUACUACUAAAACGACUCUUAGAGAUGACUGUGCCACCUAAAAUGAUUAAAUCAUAGUUACACAGAUUCCUGUAUAGUAAGUCAUUUUACAUAAAUGAUGAUAUCUUACAUUUUCCUAUCAUAGAGAAGAUUUACAAUGCUGUUGAUACCUUUGAUUAUUCAGUGACUCCCUAGUUGUGACUGGGCUCACUCCACAAAUUACCAACUGGUUAGCAGUUGAACAUAUACUUAGAGCGACAGAAAGAGGGAGCCUCACAUGAUCCCCUUUAAAUAUAUAUGUAUACACAUAUAACAGUACGAUGUUUUAUAAACGAAAGCAAAACUCUAAGGAAAACAUCUAUUAUUUGAAGGGAAUUUACGUCUUGAAGUAACAAAACAAUUUUAAGGAUCGUUCAAAAAUUAAAAGGCAUGAAAUACUUAUUUUGUACCAGUUUCAAAUUUGUCACAAUCUCAUACAUGAUGAAACCGAAUAAAUUUAUAUCAUGUAAUGUGAACAAUAUGGAUAAAACUCCUACCGUAUUAGCAAUAAUAGUAACAAUAACAGUAAUAAAUUUUGUAUUAUUUGUUUGAAUCUUCCGCCAACGGGAUGGUGGCUUGGAGUCGAAUAGAAGAUGGCGUUUCGUCCAACUCGAGGCUCUUCAGCUGGAUGUACUCGCAUCCCAGAGCUAAUAUUUACUUCAGGACUCGUACCCAGUACCAUUUACUUCGAGUGAACAUCAACUCUGGGAUUUUGGUACAUCAAGGUGACAAGUACCAAAUAGAACGAAAGGCACGUCCCGGAUACCAUUACUAGAAAAGACAAUUAAGAAAAAUGAAUGAAAAUUAGUUUUCUAAACGUACUUUUACUUCUAUACAUUAGAGAAUUAUUCAUUUAUGUGAAUUAUUAUUGAAAACUACCUCAAUCUCAUUAUUAUUACAUCAUUAUUACUAUUAUUAAUACUACUACUACUACUACUACUACCACCAUUAUUCAGUAGUUUGUCGUUUUUUUUAGCUGAAAUAUAAAAACCGCUCAAAUUUACAUUUGUAAACAACGACAAUAUCAAUAAUAAUAAUAAUAAUAAUAAUAAUAAUAAUAAUAAUAAUAAUGUUAUGCUACAUUCCCUCUCUUGCCUCGUAACCAAACAAACUCUGUCCUCACAGGUAGCGAGAGAAAGAGAGAGAGAGUGAGGGAGAGAGAGAGAAAGAGGGAGAGUGAUCAAGUGAAGGUGUGAGUGAGUGAGUGAGUGAGGGAGGGAGGGAGUGAGAGCGAUUAGUUUAUUCCAUUGUAUAGAAGCCAAAACCAUAUUUUCUAUUAUCAUAAACUAUUUUCUUUCUUUGUUUUUUCCCAUUUUAUUUGUGAAUAAUUAAUUUUUCAAGACAAUGACAAAGUGAAAGAAACGAAUCCGAUAUUGUUUUGACUAAUUAUUUUCUAUUUAUUUCUAAUAUUAAAUAGUUAUUGUUUAUUCAAAAUCUCAUCUAUUGGCUUGUAUGUUUGUUUGUUUUUUCUAUAACGUAUUUCAUUCACAUUUUCAAUUUAUAACAUUGAAUAAGAUACUACUUAUAUUACUAAAUAAACUCACAUUUUUUUAUGAUGAAGAUUUCAAAUCAAUUUUUAGUUGUGACAUAUACAUACAUCAUUGGAAUAGUUCAUGAUGAUUUGCUGUGUUCCUAGUGAUGGUGGCGGUGGCGGUAACGGUGGGGUAGUAUUUAAGGCUUCGUUGUUUCGUUCGUUUUUUUUGUUUCUUACUUUCAAUUAUUUUUUUCGAAUUAUAUGAUUGUAUAAAAUGAAUUGAUCCUUUUCUUGAUUCUCUUGUCUCUACACUCAAUUUUCUUUUCUUCUUAAAUCAUUUUUAUUAUGGUUUAUUCACAUGCAACAUAUAUCGGUUAGAUGAUGAUGAUGAUGAUGAUGAUGAUGAUGAUGAUGAUAAUGAUAUGAAAACUUUAAAAAAAGAAGAAGAAAAGAAAUACAACAUCGAUCGAUGUUUUUUUGUUAUUGUUGUUACUACGAUUAUGUUACUAUGACAACAAUGAUCAUCAUUAAUCCUAUUAAGUUCUAUUACUCAAGUUUUUCCCAAAUAAAUAUGAUGAUUUUCAACAACAACAAAAAACAGUAAAUAAAUAGAAAUGAUCAUUAUUUUUUUUGUUUGUUUGUUUAAUAUAUUCAUGACAGAAUUUACUUCAUCAUGUUGUAGAUACUGAUGUAAAUAAUUAAAUGAUCAUUGAAUAUUUGAUUCUAGUCACUUAGUUGUUUUUCAUUUUCAUAGUCAAAUAGAUUGCUAACAUUUUUAGUGAUUACGUCAUUGCAAUAAUACUCUAUUACAUAAUAAUCGAAUAUAUAUAAAUAUACAUUAAUGUAUAUUCAUUUUCUUGGAUGAAUAUCGUUGAAUGAAUGAUCAUUGAGGUGAGAUGAUCCAUCCACUUUUAUCGUUGAAUAACAAAUGGUUCUUUUUCGUUUCUCUUCUUUUGAUAUACACAAUUAUGAUUUCCACCCCCAUCCUCCUUUCAUGUAUAUUUCUUAUUUCGUAACCAUUAAUAGUAAUAAAAAAACAACGAUUAUAGUUUUAUGCACAGAUAUUAAAUUUAAUUCAUAUAAGAUUUAUGUGAAAUAUAUGAAUAUCUAUUUUAUAUUCCUCUAUUUAAAUUUCUCCACAAAUAUGGAACUCCCCCCUUUUUUUGUUUGAUCUCAUUUAUUCAAUCAACCAACCACCCACCCAGUUACUCAUUCCCCCACCCAAUCAAUUAAUCACUAACUGUCUAUCUCUUUGAAUGUCUGUUGCCUUAUUGAUUCAAAUCAUAAUGACAUGAAUUGAAUAAUUUAUUAUUUUCUUUGAAAAAAAAUAUUCAAUAAUCAUUCAUUUUUCCUUUUUUUCUUUUUUCUUCAUUUCUUUAUUUAUAUUAUUUACUUAUAUAAGAAAAAAAUAUAAAAGAAGAAGAAGAAGAAGAAAAUAAUUCGUUUCAAUGAGAAAGAAAAAAAAAGCAAGAUGAGAAUUUCACCUUUUUAUUUCUCUCUUUCUUCUUCUUUUGUUGUUGUCGUUGUUGUUGUUCGUUUUUUCUUUUUCUUUGUCUUCUUCUUGACAUAAAAAAAAACUUUGUAAACAUUCAAAUCUAAAAAGAAAACGGUUCUUCCAGAUCUUCCUCCCUCUCUCUCUCUCUCUUUCUCUGUCUCUCUCUCUCUUAUUAACUUUUGUUUAUUAUUCUCUUAAUUCAUACUUCUUUCUAUUCGAUGAAUCUUUUGUUUUGAUUUUCUCUCUUUAAAAUGUGUACACAUGACUCACUUAUGUCUAUAUCAUUAUUCAUUGAAUAAAAAAUCAAUAAAUCAAUAAAUCAAUACCAAGAUUAUUAAAAAAAUAAAUUGAUUAAAAAAAUUCAGAUUAUAUAAUUAAAUAUAUUAUUGAUUAAUUA